AUGGCCCUCCCCGCUCCAUCAACACACCGCAAUGGUCAACGACGACAUCUGUUCUCAUUUCUCAAUGAAGCCCCACCACGAACGCUCAUCUCCUUCUUCCUCUUCGGACUCAUCAACAAUGUCCUCUUCGUGAUUAUCCUGAGUGCAGCCCUUGACCUCGUCGGUCCUCUAAUACCCAAGGGUGUGGUGUUGUUGGCAGAUACACUGCCGUCUUUCGCCGUCAAACUCGCCGCACCCUACUUCUUCCACCUCGUUCCCUACCCCGUCCGCAUAGUCAUCUGCGUCGCACUCUCGUUUGUCGGUAUGCAAGUCGUGGCGUGGGGUGCAGAGACGAAUGUCCCGUUGAGGUUGUUUGGGAUCGUGUUGGCGAGUUUGAGUUCGGGGAUUGGGGAGAUUACGUAUGUUUCACACACCCGCAAAUUCGAACACGAGGCGUUGACGCAUUUUCAUCCGACGUUGUCGCUUGCGUUCUUUUCGUCUGGGACGGGUGGAGCGGGGCUUCUUGGUGGGUUCUCAUAUCUUGCGUUCACGACCUAUAUCGGUUGGUCCGUUCCCACAACGCUCAACCUGUUGUCGUUCCUCCCGUUCAUUUUGGCGAUUGCAUACUUCUUCAUCCUGCCUUCGCCGACUGGAGAUGGACACCCGCCUUCUCACGCACAGUAUGCCCCGAUUGCAGAGGAUGAGGACGGUCGUGUUGUCCCCGCACCAGAGUUCUACACUUCGCCAGUUGCGAAGGAUGGCACCUGGGUCGACGGGAUGAAGCAACGCUUCCACAAGAGCAAGGCGUUGUUCAUGCCAUACAUGCUCCCCCUCUUCAUCGUCUACGUCGCAGAAUACCUCAUCAACCAGGGAGUCGCACCCACCCUCCUCUUCCCCUUAGAAGAAACCCCCUUCCACAGAAUCCGCGACGCCUACCCAACCUACGCAACAAUCUACCAACUCGGCGUCUUCCUCUCCCGCUCCUCAACCCCCCUCUAUCGUCUGCACAACCUCUACGCCCCCUCCCUCCUCCAAUUCACCCUCUUCGUCUUCCUCGCGCUACAAUCACUCUUUUACUUCCUCCCAUCCGUAUACUGGAUCUUUGGGAUUACCUUCAUAGAAGGGGUACUUGGGGGAUUGGUAUAUGUUAAUGCGUUUCAUGAGGUUAGCGAUAAUGUUAGGAAGGAGGACAGGGAGUUUAGUAUGGCGGCCGUGGGUGUGGCAGACAGUAUGGGGGUUUGUUUGGCGGGGGUUAUUGCCUUGGGCUUGGAGCCGGCGUUGUGUCGGUGGCAGGUUGCGGAUGGGAGGCCGUGGUGUGGGAUGAAGUGA